UAUGUUUUCGUUAAGUGUAUUAAAUGGCUCCUUCAGCACGUGUAUGUUAUCUGGUUGGUAGUUGAACCGUCAUUAUCAAGGAGCAAACGGGGGACUGCGGCCGAUAAGGGCCAUCUUCCGUUUGUCAAGUAGACGCUCGUCAAGUUUUCAUUCGUUAGUAUUGCUCGUGCUUCCGUUUGGAAGGUCUGCCGCGCUGGCUCGUUGCCCGUUAACGGUACGCGUUUACUUUCGUUUACCACAGAAAUUUUGCCGACCUCGAACAAAUAAAAAGGAUCCAAUUUCUAUGCAGCCUUCUAUCGUACUAACUGAAGCGCCCUUCCGGUUCCGUCGUUAAGUGUCUGCUUUCAGUUGAAUAUCGAAGGAGCAGGGUCCAGCUCGACUGCCGGGAAAAAUGGACACGAUGAAACCCGGCUGGUUCAGCGAAAUCAAUGAUCUGUGGCCAGGUGUCUCGUUGUCACUCGAGGUUGUCGACAUACUCCAUCGGGAACGGUCGCGGUAUCAAGACGUGAUGGUGCUCCAAACGAAAUCACAUGGAAAGGCCCUAAUUUUAGAUGGUAUCAUACAAUGCACGGAGAGAGACGAAUUUUCAUAUCAAGAGGCGAUCGCCUUUUUACCGCUGUGCAGCCAUCCAAAUCCAAAAACGGUUUUAAUAGUUGGAGGUGGAGAUGGAGGGGUUGCUCGGGAAGUCGCGAAACAUCCGGACGUAGAAGGGAUCGUGCAAGUCGAGAUUGACGAAAAAGUAUUGGAGGUUUCCAAAAAAUACUUGCCUCUGUUAGGCACAGGACUGGAUCAUCCUAAGGUCACUCUUAAUAUAGGCGACGGCUUUGAAUUCUUGAAGAAACAUGUGGGACAAUUCGAUGUUAUAAUUACGGACAGCAGCGAUCCUGUCGGUCCAGCUGAGUGUUUAUUCCAAGAAUCGUACUUCAGCGCAAUGAAAAAUGCGUUGAAACCUGGUGGAAUCGUUUGCAGUCAAGCAGGAACUGCAUGGGCCAAUCUCGAUCACGUAACUCAAACUCUCCAACACUGUAAAUCGGUGUUCCCGGUUGCAUCUUAUGGAAUCGUGGCGGUGCCAACUUAUCCUACAGGACAGAUUGGUUUUGUCCUCGGCAGUUUGAGUGCCGAAACGAACUUCAAAGAGCCAAAGAAAGUUUUUAGUAACGUCGAUCUGGAUAAAAUGAAAAUGAAGUACUACGACGACGAAGUGCAUCGAGCUGCAUUCGUUUUGCCAAGGUUCAUAAGGAAAGCAUUGUACCAAAUAGGUGACAACUAUACAGUUUGCAAGUUGACCAUAGAGAAAAAAAGGGCUGAAUCUGAUUGAAUAAGAAUAUUAAUUAAGACAAUUGCAUCAUUGUUAUUACAUUAUCACCAGCUGCAUCGGAAUUGCACGGAAUCGUAUUCACAACGAUUAAUUCAUACUGAAACGAACAAGCUAGAGUCGUCUAAUUAGCUAAAUUAAUUAAUCGAGUGACUGUAUGUAUUGUGUAAGGCAAUUCGAGGCAAUGAGAAUAACAUAACAACAAGGUGUUAGAAAUUCUUUAUUACCUGAAUGUAAUAGGGCUAGUAUGUAUAUUUGCGAACUUCACUGUAAUAUAGUAAUAAAAUAAUAUUUGUUAUACUGAUCAGCGUUUGCUGCAACUUAAUCAUAAUAAUUAAUAAUAAGAAUGAAGGAAUAAUAAUAUAAUAUAAUAUUACAACUUGUAUAACAUUCCGCUAUAAUAAUAUACGCAUAAGAUUAAAUCGAUUGUUCGAAAAGUAACGAUUGAAAAUAUUCUGUGUAUAUAUUUGAAUUGUCAAAACAAUGCUGCAAAUGUUAAAACUGUAAAGACGCCAUCGUUGCUUGCUUUCUCUUUAAUACAUUAACGAUAUACAUAGAAUAUAUAAUAUAUCAUCUAUCGCAUAAUUGUCUUGUAUAAUUCAUUAUCUCCGUCAUUUAUGUAUAUAUACUUUCUUAUAUAUCAUGGCACACAUCUAUAUAAUAGGUAUACGUAUAUAAAAUAAAAAUACGGUUGGCGAUCGUUCUCAAAAUAUAUGAUACUAAAUGCAAUAAUGUGUGUACGUGUAAAUACACGCAUACACGCACACAUAUAUACAUACACGUCGUUACUUUGGAAAAGUUCGAUAACAAAAAUCUGCUUUUCUUCGUUUCUUUUGAGACGAUCUCUUUUCCGAAAUAGAAUUUUCCCGUUAUUUUAUUUUUAUUAUUGUGAUCGUACUACCGAACAUUAGUAAAGCAUUUGACUUUUUGGUAAUAUUGAAAAACUUCUACGUUCACUACGAGCACGUGAAAAAAAAAGCGGCAUCUCAUAACAAAAUAACACUCAGGCACUUUUCGUAUUUUUUUUUCGCUUUUUAAUAAUCUUCCAUCGUUCGCGAGGACACCCGAACAUCGCGUGGAAUACCUAACGUCUAUUUACAAUUAUAUCUUCGAAAGGCUAACAAUAAUUGCACUAAUCGAUCACUUGGAACAGGCCUGUUCUUCAACCUUUUCACCUAUCCUAUAAAUCUCCAAGCUUCAGUGACUUCGCUAAAAUAUUUUUCUUUAAAAGCGUAUAUUUAUUCCAAGCUUUGAACCUUUUUGACGUUUCUUCAGUAAAAUUAUGCAACGGUUUAACCCUUCAUUAGAAUUCGUUUGAGUUUUUCAAAGCUUCAGCUCGGAUCCUCCAGCUGGAGGAUUCGUGGAGUUAUUCAAAGCACCACACUCUUUGAUCAUUCGAAUUCUGACAAAAUCCUGGUAAAUUGUUUAUAACCGUAUCCUCGAAAUGUGUUCGUGGGCCUCAGCCAUUUUACUUUCAAGUUGAGUUGCGUUAAACUAACAUUUUCAUUUCUUUUCCGUUACCUCGUAAUCAUUUAGUUCCUUACAAACUUGCGAAAAAGCAUACUUCGUGCCGUAAUAAAAAUAAAUUGAUCGUUAUCUUUUUUACAAUAUAAUACGUACUCCACCUUUCCCUUUCUCGCUGUUCCAUCGAUCACUCCUCAACCAUCGCAUCAAGUUUUACUCUAUCAGAAGAUUAUUUUUAUUCCAGCAUGUUCUACGUCUCAUUCAUUCGGUACGCUAUAAUUUAUAAGGUGUACAUGUAAACUGUUCGUCGCGACUUCGCAAAUUCAAUUCAAUUCUGACACUCCAAGUAAAAAAUGUACGUAUUCUAUUCGACAGAAGAAUAAGAAAAUUCGAAAUGAAUCACGAGUGAUGGACGAUGCAAGUUCUCACAAGAGAUUAUUGAAGUCUUGGUCGAUUAAAUUCCAUGGAAUUGAUUCUGGGAACAAUGAGUUCCCCCACUUUAUCUUCGUAUAGAAAUAAAAAGAACUCUGAAUUACAAAAUCUAGACGAAUCUCACGAUAGAACUGCGAAAGUCGUGGCAAAUAUUUGCUUUUUUUUUUAAUACCCUGUACAAUAUUCCACUCGCUCGUUAAAUAUUUUUGUUGUCGGACAGCUCUGACUGAAAAAGGCUGACGUUCGAUUCGUCGAUGAAAUUAUAGAAAACGAGCCAUCGUCGUUGAACGGUUGACGAAACACGCACGCAAACAGCAGGGAACAGCGAAACGAAUAUGUGUAAGGUAAAAAAUACAGGCUCAAGCGAACAAAUAGCAUCCAGAACUAACAAAGGCAG